AUGCGUGAAUCGGUCCGGGCAGAUUUGGGUUUCAAUAAGCGCAAACAUAGAGAGGACGACGGAUCGACAGAAAUGCCGUCCGGCGAAGUCCCGGCGUUUAGCUCUCUUCAUUCUAACGGAAAAACGACGCCGUCGUCAAUAAAGGGAAGUGAAUCAGAUAACCGGAUUCUAGCUGGUUACUUGGCUCACGAGUUUCUGACGAAAGGGACGCUGUUCGGGGAACAAUUUGAGCCGGUUCGGGUAAAUCCGGCUCCGCGGCUUCAGUCAGCUGGUAAGCAGCCGGUGAGGAGGAGGUCAGAAGGCGGUGGCGGCCGGAGUAUUGAAAUGGAAGCCGAGAUAGAUAAAGGGUCGGCGAAGAAGAUGGAUAGCCGGAGUUAUGCUGAGGUGGCGACCUUGUUCCAGAUCCCGGGGACUCACAUUCCUGGCAUAGUGAAUCCCACCCAACUUGCUCGAUGGAUUCAAAUGUGA